AUGUCCACGUCUUUUUCGUUCUGCUUCACCCUGGAGCAGGUGGCAUGUGUCUGUGAGGUUCUUCAGCAGGGUAAAGAUCUUGAGAGGCUUGACCAGUUUCUCUGGUCUCUGCCCGCCUGCGACCGUCUGCACAAGAGCGAGUCAGUGCUGAAGGCCAAGGCGGCGGUGGCGUUUCAUCAAGGAGACUACGACAAGCUUUACAAGAUCCUGGAGAGUCACCAGUUCUCUGUGCAAAAUCAUGCCAGGCUCCAGCAGCUUUGGUUAAAAGCACACUAUACCGAGGCUGAGAAGAUACGUGGUCGGCCGCUUGGUGCCGUUGGAAAGUACCGGGUGCGCCGAAAGUUUCCUUUGCCCAGAACCAUUUGGGAUGGAGAAGAGACAAGCUACUGUUUUAAGGAUAAGUCUCGUUCCAUCCUGAGAGACUGGUACAACCGAAACCCGUAUCCAUUACCCAGAGACAAGCGGCAACUAGCAGAGGCCACCGGAUUGACUGCCACACAGGUCAGCAACUGGUUCAAAAACCGAAGACAGAGGGACAGAGCCGCAGAGGCCAAGGACAGAUGUAACAGUGAUCUUAGAGGUUCAGGAGUUAAACUGGAACUGUUUCAACUUACCUGUAGCUCUGAGGAUGAUGACGAUCAGCUGUCCAGCUCGAUUUGAUGAUGCUCCCACCAUCAUACUACACAGUACAUGUGAUGUUCCAGAGAUCAUACAUGUGUGCAACUCUUCUUUCUCUAAACAU